AUGGUGUGCUUGUUUCAGAGGCUAAAUUUAUUCUCGGUGUUAAGAAUUCUGCUGAAUUAUCAGGCUAUAUUCUCCUCGACUGCAUGCGCCUUUCAAUUUGAUUCUUUGAUGCUCUCGCAGGCUGCAGUUAUGGCGCAAGACCUGGGUUACAAUCGGUCUAAUGGCACACAUGAAGUUUCGCAAAGGCGCACCUUCUGGGUGCUAUACUUCAUGGAAAAGGUCUCUUGUUUUACAACAGGAAAGGUCUCGGUCCUCCAAGACUCAAAUAUCAGCUGCGCCAUUCCUGAUAUACAAGAAUCCACCUUUGAUGACUAUGAUUGGUUUUUCGCCUUUCUGCGAUAUGCCCGUCUGGUAUCUAAGAUUCGCAAUGAGUUUUUACAAAUUACCUCGGUAAACCAAUCAGCUUCUGAUUAUCUUACUAAGGGAGAAGGCUUUCUGAAAGAGUUGGAGUCCUGGCGCCUGUCUACCCCUGAGCGCUUUCGCGCCGGAGUGCCGCUCAAAGCUCGUCUAUUGCGUGAGCCACUUGCUCAGCGAGUUGCGCUUAUGACGCAUUACAUGUACUUUCACGCGCUGCUCACUCUAUCUUGGAGCCUACUACAUUGCAGUGCGAUCAAGCUGGGUCCCAUGCAACAGCAGCUCGACCUAAAACGCAGUAUGACGCGAACUGCACGUUGUGUUUUGGAACUAACUAAGUUUAUUGAAGUUAAUCCCUCAACUCCGGUCUGGAUUCUGGCGGUAUUGCCAUUGUCAUCUAUGAUGAUCCUCUUCGAUCUGGUGGUUCAUAACCCAGACCACCCCGAGGUUAGCCUCAGUCUUGCACUCCUAGAUAUUGCCAGUGGGCAUUUCAGUCGGCUAGAAGUCGCAAGCAACGGCACUUUGCCGGGUUCAUUAGUCGCCCAGUUCGCCCACCUCGCGCGCGAGUAUAUAUCCGAAAAGAGAGGGUCUAAACAAAAAUUGAUCAGCAUCAGCAUUCCUGAUUCCUCAAAUCCUGUGCAAUUUGAGGUUCCCGGUAGGCCAAAAGAGAUGCCACCAUCCCCCGAGCCUUCUCAGUUGUCUGUGAUUGGAGUGCCAACACCGAACCAGCCAUCUGAAGUGUUGUCCAGUCUACCUGAGCAGCUGCCACUUAAUUCCGGAUCGAUGUCAACGUGGAAUGCAAAUUUCCUGAGUGAAAGUGAUGUGUUAUUCGUUCCUUUUGUUGACGAUCCAAGCUAUCGGAAUGAGGAUCUGGAACUAUUAGGAACAGACUUGAAGGAUUUGUUUGAUUAUUCAUGCGUAAGAUGGUAG